AUGAAUCCUCUAGACCUUGAAGAAUUCAAAAGACAAGGCUACAUGAUGAUUGAUUUCCUCACAGAUUACUACAAAAACAUUGAAAACUAUCCUGUUUUAAGCAAUGUAGAACCUGGUUACCUUGCAGAAAAACUACCCUCUUCCCCUCCAUUUCAACCAGAAUCCAUUGAAUCAAUACUUGAAGAUGUUCAACACCAUAUAAUCCCUGGAAUCACACAUUGGAUGAGUCCUAACUAUUAUGCUUAUUUCCCUAGCAGUGGUAGCAUUGCAGGGUUUGUAGGUGAAAUGCUAAGCAAUGGAUUCAAUGUUGUUGGAUUCAAUUGGUUAUCAUCACCCGCUGCAACUGAACUUGAAACCAUUGUCAUGAAUUGGCUUGCAAAAAUGCUAAACUUACCAAAAUGUUUCAUUUUUUCAUCCAAUUUUGAAUGUGGUGGUGGUGGUGUUUUGUUAGGUACAACAUGCGAGGCUAUUUUGUGUACCCUAGUGGCUGCAAGAGAUGAAAAACUUUCUAAAAUUGGAAAAGAAAAUAUCGGAAAACUUGUUGUGUACUGUUCUGAUCAAACACAUAGUGCACUUCAAAAAGCAACUCAAAUUGUUGGAAUUCAUGCACAAAAUUUUAGAGUCAUAAAAACUGAAGGCUCCAAUUUUUUUGCUUUGUCUCGUGAGUCUUUUCUUUCUACCAUUCUUUCAGAUGUUGAAAAUGGUUUGGUUCCUUGUUUCUUAUGUGCAACGGUUGGCACAACCGCGACAAAUGCUGUUGAUCCUAUAAAGCUAUUAUGUAAUGUGGCAAAAGAGUAUGAUAUUUGGGUUCAUGUUGAUGCUGCUUAUGCAGGUUCAGCUUGUAUUUGUCCCGAAUUCAGACAUUACAUUGAUGGAAUUGAACAUGUGAAUUCUUUUAGUUUUAAUGCUCAUAAAUGGUUUUUGACUAAUCUAGCAUGUUGUUGUCUUUGGGUGAAAGAUCACAGUGCUUUGACAAAAUCACUGUCAACGUAUCCUGAAUUCUUGCGGAACGAUAAUUCCGAUUCGAAGGAAGUGAUUGAUUACAAAGAUUGGCAGAUACCCUUGAGUAGGAAAUUCAACUCACUCAAACUAUGGAUAGUUAUUCGAAGCUACGGCGUCGAGAAUCUCAAGAAGUUUCUGAGAAAUCAUGUGGAGAUGGCUAAAACAUUUGAAGGACUGGUGAGGAAAGAUGAGAGAUUUGAAAUUGUUGUGCCGACGAGAUUCGCUUUGGUUUGCUUUAGGAUUUGUCCAUCAGCAAUUAACAUUGAUAAUGGUAGUGAAGGUUGUUACUGUAUUGGAAAAAAGAUGAAUGAUGGAUAUUCGGUGAAUGAAGUGAAUCAUAAAUUGCUAGAUUCAAUAAAUGGUAGUGGUAAGGCUUACAUGACUCAUUGUGAGGUUAAUGGAGCUUUUGUUAUCAGAUGUGCUAUUGGUUCAACCUUAACAGAAGAGCAUCAUGUGACUAUGACAUGGAAAUUGGUGCAACAACAUGCAAGUUUUCUAUUAGAUACUCCUCAAACUGGUUGA